AUGCAGGUCACAAGCGCCCUCGUCACCCUCGUGGCUGCGACAGGCGUCGUCUCCUCCACGCCUCCCGCCGGCGUCGCCGCCCCAGCAGCAGCCUACCCGCUCUGCCCCGAAGGCUACACCACGAGCUGCUGCUCCCUCGUCUUCCCCUACUCCAACUCAUGCCGUCGCGGCAAGUGCCGUGCCGGCUACGGCUGGAGCUGCAUCAACGGGCCCGGCAAGGUCGAGUCCAUCCGAGAAUGCCGCGAGGACUACGAGGACCGCACGGCGUACUGCAAGAAGCCAGGCGAGCAAAAUUUCCCUUCGCUUCUCAGCUGGGAGAAUGGAUCCUUCAAGCCUCUGAUUGAGCCGGCGGACUAUUCCCACUGGGUUCGCCCCGGGAUGGAGGAGCCUUGGACGCCAUCCGACAGCGAGAUUCGGUGGGAGGAGAAGGCGGACGUGGAGACCAAGGACUCCGCCGAGGGCAGCGAGUUGAAGAAGCGUGCAUCUGAGUUCAGUGACGUUGACCUUGAGUAG